UUAAAUAUCGGAAAUGGAACUGUACCUACAGUUGAUGAUGACAUGAUUCGAUAUGUUUAUUCUGAUCCACCAGAAUAUUAUUCUUACUUCACAGAUCGAGCAAUCCUUACUACCAAAAAUGAAUAUGUUAAUCACAUUAAUAACAUAAUCUUAGAUCAGAUGCCUGGUAAAGCUAUAAUAUUCCAUAGUUAUGACUCUGUUCCCGAUGACACACGAGGACUUUAUCAGCAAGAAUUUCUUAAUUCUAUAACCUCAAACGGCCUUCCUCCUCAUGAACUGCGCUUAAAAGUAGGUUCACCUAUCAUGUGUCUUCGUAACUUAGAUCCAAUGAAUGGUCUAUGUAAUGGAACAAGAUUAGUUUGUCGAACAUUCUAUCCGAAUUUAAUUGAAGCCAUAAUAACAACAGGAAAUUGUAAAGGAAACAUUGUGUUUCUUCCUCGAAUACCUUUAAUUCCUCCUGAAAACGUUAAACUUCCUUUCACAUUGAAAAGAAAACAAUUUCCGGUUAGACCUGCAUUUGCAUUGACAAUCAAUAAAUCACAGGAUCAGACUAUACCUCGCGUAGGCCUUUACCUCCCUGAACAUGUAUUUACACAUGGUCAACUUUAUGUCGCAUUCUCACGAGCCAAAUCUCAACAUGAUAUCAAAAUAUUGGUAAAAAUGGAAAUAUUCCAGGAACACAAG